UGCAUAGGGCAGAUCAAAUAAACAUGCCUCUUAACUGGAGACGAGCUUGUGUUUCAGUAAGUAAACGUUCAUUCAGUUUUUAAAACCCCUGCAACGCUGGAGUAUACAUUUAAAAAAAAAAAAAAAAAUCUUUUGUUCCUAAAGAGACUUGAGUUGAGGAGGAAGCAGAGGUGCAUAAAUAGGCUCAUCUACUGGCACUUUGAUCUGCUUCAUUAGAAAAAUUACAUAUUUACCUUCUUUUUUUGUUCACAUUGCAGAAAUUCCUGUCUAACUCAGAAUUUCAUACUGGAAGCUUUUUGCUUGUAACCAUGGGUUAUACAUUUUAUUCACCACUGACAAUCGGAUGUAUAAUGAUUCCUAAUAGUAGUUUAAUAGGAAUCUAAUUCUAUUUGCAUAUUGAGCUCCUGUCAGACUUCAGUUUUUGGUUGAUAGUCUAAAUGUGUUAAACAAGUGUUCUGUCAAGUAAGUAGUCCGUUAUAGUUCUACUUAAAUCAUUUUAUUGGCUGGUGGCUUAAUACCCACCUUGUGGCAAUGCAAAGACCAUGAUGAGGUUAGGCUUCACUAUACUGGACUUUUUUUUAAUGAAAGUCCCUAUAACAAAGGAGCAUAGAGUCUAAAAGAUGGGAUCUCUUGGGUGGAUGAUGCAGGUGACGUGAGGCAACAAGGAAAAUGGCCUGUGUGAAAUCACGGGUGAUUGAUAAUAGAAGUUGUAGCUCUCUACUGCAGUGUUUUACAGUUGUCACAUUCAGUGUUUGCUGUAAAGCUUGAAUUUUUUACUGUUUUUUCAGAGCUGAAGAGGUCUGUUUGUUCCUAACUUUAAACAACUUAUUGAUUCCCUGUAAUGCUAAUUAUACUGGGCCUGAUGCUUUGUGAUAACAAGCAGAAUACUUUGAAACAUUUCAUCAGAAUAACUUUUCUCACAAAAUCCACUGUAUUAGACUAGUGAUUCUCAGCCAGGACUCUGAGUCACCCUGGGGUGCCACCAGAUCCUUUGAAGGGUGCCACAAGGUGUGAGGAGAUAAGCAGAUAGGCUAAGCAGAAAAGCCAUGCUCAGGGUUGUCCCUGUUUGGAUGAUCCCCCUAUCCUGGCUGCCCAGCCCCUGUGUAAGAAGGUAAACACUCUAAUAUAUCCAUUUGUUUUUGAAAUAGGAUGCCACUUCAUUCAAAAAAAGGUAUGGGGGAGUACCUCCAGCCCAGUGAGGGGUCGCUUCAGUCCAAAAAGGUUGAGAAACACUGCCUUAGAUUUGACACCUGCUUGAUUUCCUGUUAUGGGAAUUAAGAAAAACAGAUCUGGAGAUCCUUGCGUCAGAGAAUGCUACCUUUGCACAGAUCACAUAGUUUUAGUUAGUGUCAUGCUAUAAAUACAGCCUGCCUGUUUCUUAGGUGUGUUGCUCUAUGUGGCUGAACAUGUGCACUCAUGGAUAGCUGAGGGGGUCUGGUCAUUUCUAAAAUAGAUCCACAGUCAGAAGAAUGAAAUGUGGGAAAGAUUUCCCUGAAACUCUGAAAGAGGUUUUGUAUAAACUAGCAGACCCUUCAAUAAUUUGUGGAUGACUAUUGUAUGAAUAGGGCAGUUCUGAUGAUUGUUUUAAAGUGCAGCCUUAAGCAAAGAGUUUGGCUGUCCUGAACUGGAACUGAAACUUCAUAAGAGCUCUUAAAGCAUGCAGGAUUUCUGGGCUUUUCUUUGUGUUCCAGGAAGUUUCUGGAUCGUUUUGAAUCGCAAUGUAUUGAUAGAGCAUUUUUAUCCAGAUUCUAAGGUUUUUCUUCAGUCAACUUUAAAAUACUUUGCGUGAGUGACUCUUAUAGCUUUCCUCUGUGGGGUCUUCAGGGCACAGUUGUAGGACUAACUGGCUGAAUUGUCAUGUCUGCAGAACUUCUACAGAUUGUCUUGGCUGGGGCUAAUUUGUCAGAAAACUAAAUGGAAUACUGUUUUACCCAAUGAAAAUAAUUGAUUUAAAAUCCUAGCUCUAGGGGAUUUUGUCAGUUGUUGCUGUCAUGUAGGAAGGGGUUAGUUGCAGGAGAGUGGAACUUUAUAGUUACUAGGUUCAAUUUGAAGAUAUCCAUGCUGUUUACAGAAAGAAAAAGGGAGAUUUCAAGUCUUAAAUAUAACUCAUCUUGGUUAACAGCUAUUUUCUGGAAAUGUGGUGGGUAUUGGUGUGGUUUUGUUUGUUUGUUUGCUUUUUUAUUUUGAUAUCUUGAUUGUUUUUGAUUAAAUGUCUUCCUUUAUAAAAUUCAAGGUGAACUAAUAAUGCAUGAUCAGCAUAUAAGUAUUUUUGGUAACUUUUUUCUAUCUUUUUUAUGCACACAUACAUACAUUUCAAUUGUGAUCUCCCUUUUAAACUUGGUAUAUGCAUGUUUUCACUUGUUCUCAAGUCUUAUUUUCUAAGUUUUCAGUUGAGGGUAAGUAUAGACUAGUUUUUUUUUCCCCCUCUUUUAGGCUGUUCAGAGAAACUGAUCUAAUAAAAUUAUACAGAUGUCUGUUCUCAGGCAAUUUGUAACAUAUUACCCAUAUUCAAGCGUUUUGAUGGAAAAAAGAAUAAGCAGUGUAAUUCUUGUUGUUUCAAAAAGGGCUAAGCUACUUUUUCUUUUUGUAGUGUCUGGAAGUGGUCUUUUACUUUGGCCUUUCAGUGAUCUACAAAGCCUGUGGACGUGUGGGAAAGUAUUAGGAUUUUAAUAUAGAUUGUAAUUACUGUAAUUUCCAAGGGGAAAAAACUCGUCUCAUAACCUUAUAUCCUCUUUUUUGACCUGCUAAGUGUUUUGCACAUUUUACACGAGUUGAUCUGAACCAUCUCAUUUUAUGAAGCUUUAAAGCUACAUUGCAUGACUUCCUGACUGUUUUGAUUUGUCUUGUUUUAUCAGAAGUGCCUGUGUGUGUGGGGAUAGGGAGGGCAGGGUAAGGUAACACAUGUGGGUUAACAUCUUGAUACUUGGCUAACUUGUACACAAAUCGCCUGAGAAACACAAUUUAAUUAGACAUUCUGCAAGUGGGGUUUAGCUAUUGUAGCUGGGUCUCUCUUAUUUUUUCACUCAAUCUCAAAUAAUAGGGCUCUGGUUAUUUUGCAGAGUGUCUCUGAAGAAUGGACAGAAUUGCCAUGGCUAACUACAAGCUACAGUUCACAGUGGACAAACGUUGUAGUUUUCUUAUUUACUUUUAUACAUUUUUGCUCUUUAUCUUUUGUAGUUUUCAAUCAAUCUUGUAUGAUUGCUGUUUACAAAUGCAGUUUAAAGUUAUAUUAGUAUAUAGUUUAAAACGUAAAUGUUUUUAGUGUUUUAUUUUCUUCAAUAAUGCAACCAUUUCUGAAAAUGUUGAUUUUUCAAAAUUUACAGCUGCCCACAGUCCAAAAAGGGGGUAACGAAUUGACCUGAGAAAAUUAAAGAAUUCAGUUAACAGGCGACAGAUGCACGGGUGGUGAAAGAUAUGGCAACAGGAAAAUCCAAAGGAUAUGGCUUUGUUUCCUUCUUCAAUAAAUGGGAUGCAGAAAAUGCUAUUCAGCAGAUGGGCGGACAGUGGCUCGGUGGAAGACAAAUCAGAACCAACUGGGCAACACGAAAACCUCCAGCUCCAAAGAGUACAUAUGAGUCCAACACCAAACAGCUGUCUUACGAUGAUGUUGUAAAUCAGUCCAGCCCAAGCAACUGCACUGUAUAUUGUGGUGGUGUCACAUCAGGACUAACAGAACAGCUGAUGCGCCAGACCUUUUCUCCAUUUGGGCAGAUAAUGGAAAUUCGAGUCUUCCCAGAUAAAGGGUACUCAUUUGUAAGGUUCAAUUCUCAUGAAAGUGCUGCACAUGCAAUUGUUUCUGUCAAUGGGACUACUAUAGAAGGGCAUGUCGUGAAGUGCUAUUGGGGCAAGGAAACUCCAGAUAUGAUCAGUCCAAUCCAGCAGAAUCAAAUUGGAUAUCCACCUGCUUACGGGCAGUGGGGCCAGUGGUAUGGAAAUGCACAACAGAUCAGUCAGUACAUGCCUAAUGGCUGGCAAGUUCCUGCAUAUGGAAUGUAUGGACAAACCUGGAAUCAGCAGGGAUUUAACCAGACGCAGUCUUCUGCAGCAUGGAUGGGUGCAAGUUAUGGAGUUCAACCACCUCAAGGGCAGAAUGGAAGCGUGCUAACUAAUCAAACUGGAUAUCGUAUGGCAGGUUUUGAAACGCAGUGAGAGAGCAAAGGACUCUGGAACCGAACACCAGUGGCUUGAGGCUGCAAGGAGUGUCCUAAAGCCUUUGUUUACUUAAAGAUUUAUCAGAUCAAGUCAGUGCAAAUGUCAGAUACAGUGUAUUUAUUUUAAAAAAUCAUUUUGAAUCAUGAAAUUGUCAUCCACAUUGUUUAAAAACAACACAGGAAAAACUAGAUGCUGGAUGUCUGCCAACUUUUGCCUUCUUUUCCUCCUUUUGAUAUGUGUUUCUUAAGAUCCUUGUUUGAAACACAACAAAUGCAGGGAUUACUGCCACUUUUAAAUUGGGGCAGAAAAUUGCACAAUGUCAAGCUUGUUUUCCUCUGAAGUGAAGUAGCGUGCAGUUUUAGUUUGCAUUCCUAAUGAUUUAAAAUGUAUUAUAAGCAGUUGUACAAAAAAGCCAAAACUGUGUGGAGUCUGAAGGUUCUUUGCCAUCUUCAGCCUUUGCACAAACUUGUUUUAAAAAUAGCCUAUUGUAAAAAGUGUCCAUCACUCCACUUUUGUUAUACCAGGGUUUUCAGAUAUAAAUUAUUAGUUUACAUUGUUUUUGUAUCUAGACAUUUUUCAAACAGUUGUCUUUGCCUUAUGACAGUUACUUAAAUUAUCAUUAAAUGGGAAAAUGUGAUGAUCGGUAUAGAAUUUUGUGCAAAACACUCCGAUGGUUCUAACUAUAUCACAUUUGUGUUCUACGUGAGAAGGUGCCUAGAGAAAUCCCUGUUGGGUUUGUUCUAAAGGAUUUUUAUCUUCAGUGAAACUUUGUGAUGUGUACUGGGAAAUGCAAAAUCCUGUUAUGAAUAUUACUAAAAUGUGACAAAUUCCUAUGAACCAGCUUGUUUUUUUAUCUGUCAAUUUCUACAUUUACAUGUAUUUGAUUAUCAUGUAAAAUAUUUUAGCAAAUUAAUAUUUUGCACAAAAGUUAGCAAACUUUGUAUGUUUCCUUAUUUAAAGGUAGGAUGCAGAGUCCUUGGACAUGAUUUAUGCAUAAGAUUUAAAAAUUUUGUUUUUGCAUGUGAAUAUCAAAUAUACAUUUUGGUAGUCUUUGAAUACAAAGUCACCUGCCCUUGUUUUUAAGAAACUGUAAAAGAUGCGGUUGUAUGUAGAAAACAAUUCAGUCUUGCUGUUUACUGUUAGUAAAUUUUACUCAACUAGAGUAAGUUGACUUGAUUUUUAACAUGUACAAUUAGAGCUGUGAAAACUGUAGCAUUGUAUGUGUAGGCAUCAGGCAUGGGGUAUGCUGAGUGCUCCUAGACAGCCUGAAGGACCAGCUGAGUGAAGUAUUUUUAAUUGUUCAGAGGCCAAAAAGAACCUUUCUAUCCUACCUCUUGACCAGCCUUCAAAAAAGCAAAAAAUUUUUCAUGGUGUGAUCUGUUAUUUAUUAUCCCAAUUCACUUGGCUUCCUGAGUUAUGUUGUUGUUCUUGUUGGGUUUUUGGUUUUCUUUUCUCUCCCUUUUUUUUUUAAUUCUCUCAGCGCUUUAAUUGCAGUGGGGCAGCUCCAAGCAUCAAGGGAUUCAACUUUUGCUAUAUUGUCAGGCAACAAUGUAUUUCAGGGUCUUCUAUAAAUGUAAUACUGCUGAGGAGGGUCAGGCUGGGAGGGGGGGACAGGAGUCCAUGUACUGCCUUCCAUUCCUCUUCCUGUUCUCCCCUUCCAAGAAAGGGGGUAGGGAUGAUUUUGUAAGGCUACCAGUAUUGGAGGGCUGUUUGAAAAUUGUGACCUGUUUUAUUAGCGAAUGGAAGGGGGAGAUGGAGGAGAAGGCAAGCAGGCAGGCGUGGAGCAAGUACACUGGCCUAUACCUUCUUGUAGAAAACACCCUGUUAUGUGUGAUGGGCCGGAAAUGUAUAGAUCUUAGAACUAUUCUAUGCAGCUGUUCUUAAAACUUGGCUUUAAAGAUAGGUAAAUACAAAUGAAUUCUUUCUACAUGGAAACAGUUUAUUUUUCUUUUUUGCCUCCUUGUAACUUGCACACAAGGCAUGUAACAACGCAGCUUAGAAAUGAUGCAUUCUUUCAGAAUAAAGUAUAUCAAAACGCUU